GCAUCUCACUCCGCAGAACAUGAAUAAAUCAUCAAUAUUGGAAACACCCUGUAGCGCAUCAUCAACCAAUCUUCCCACUCAAAAACUCCAUCAAAAUGUCCAGCUCUGCACUCCUCGCCCUCCCCCUCGAACUCCGCGACCUCAUCUUCACCCACGCAACAAGCGAAGACCCCUACAACGCCCACGCCGUCCGCGACUCCACCGCCUACAGAAUCAAACGCAUCCCAAUCGGCACCAGCGCCCGCUGGCAAUGGCAAGCACACCACACCGCGCACCCCGCGAUCCCCGAAUACCUGUGCCUAAGCCUAACGAGUCGCCAACUGCAAGGCGAAAUCGCGCGCUUCUUGACCCGCCCGGAUCGCGUGCCGGACGAAGACGACUCCGCGAAACUGUCCAUUUUGCUCGAGUACCCUAAACUCUUCACGACGUGGACGCGCUUGCCUCUGCCCCCGGAUAAGACCACGACAAUCGAAAUCACGCUACGGGUAAACCACAUCUUCCACCCAGCGUACAUGUCCCACGGCGCGCAAAACGCCCUCCUCUCCGCCGUCUCCGACACCCUGAAAAAAUACAUCUACCACGGCCCGCACCUCUCCCGGCCCUCUGCUCUCCGCUCCCCCCUCCACCUCGAACUCGUGCGCAUCACCGUCACCCCUCUGGGCGGCGAGCUGGACGAGAACUACGGGCACAGAUUCGUGGAGCAGCAGAUUGAGACGCUGUUUGUGAAUUUCGUCGCGGUGUUGAAACGUUUUUGUCGCAGUGGGUUGCCUUGGGGGUGGAUUGAUGCUUUUGAGGUGAGGAUGGAGGGGGGGAAGGAGGGGGGGUGGGAGAGGGUGCCGGUUACGUCGAAUUUGUGGGACGAGGAGGAUUUCAUGCUGUUUCAGCAUGGGGGGUAUAAUUGUGAGUGCAUUCUCUUUCAUUUUGUUCUGCUGAUUUUGAGAGAGAAAGCUGACGUGCUGGAUAGGGGAUUCGGGGGAUACGACGGUCGCUCAGCCUGAUAUGGUUGCUUGGUAGUCCCAUGCACCAGAGGCAUGAUGUCCAGCUUUUCGACUGGUUG